UACAACAAAACCCAUUUCUUCUCAAAAACCCUAAAAUAAUACUCGUCAUCCCUUCUUCUACUUCUGCCAUUAAUACUCUGUAGAUCAUUUCUCCUACACUCUGUAGAUCAUUUCUCCUACACUAGGGUUUGAAAUGGGGAACUUCAAUAUGCUUCCAGUAGAUAUCAUCUUCAACAUCUUAUCACGUUUACCAGCUGAAUUAGUUUCAGACUGCAAGUUAGUGUCGAAAUCACGGAAUCGUGUGAUCAAUUAUCAAUCGCUUUCUGAAUCUCACUUCAAUCGCUUCCUUAACAAUCUUGAUUCUGCUGGUAAGCAUACUUUCCUGUUAGUGAAUAACAACCCAGUUUAUGCAUACAGACAGUUUCAUUAUUUAGAAUUUUAUGAUGAUGAGAAUUCUUCUUCAGAGAAACCCAGUCAUAGAGUUACUAGAAUGAGAUUAAACCCUGAUCCGUUUAGGUAUUACAAUUUUACUGGUUCCUGUAAUGGUUUAGUUUGUUUAAACGGAGGCCAUGAUAAUGAGUGGGUCAUUUAUGAACCAGUUUAUAUCUGUAAUCCUAUCACCAGAGAAUGUGUGUAUCUACCGGGAAUUGGGAGAACAGAUGAUCGUGCUGGACGAUUGUUGACUGGAUUUGGUUAUGUUUCUGAGACGAAUGAGUACAAGGUCGUUAGAAUGUGUGAAUUGUUGAAAGAACCCAAUUUCUUGCAUGUUGAGGUGUACACACUCGGUAGUGGUGAAGGAUGGAGGAACAUAGGGAAGAAAUUUGACAAAAGUCCGGGUUUGUUUGAUUCUAGAAAUGGUGUGUUUGUGAAUGGAGCUUUGUAUUGGGUGCUUGUAGAUGGCAUCAUUGUGGCUUUUGAUUUGGUGACUGAAAGUUUUGUCGAAUUACCUAGAUCUUUUCCCUUUGGUUGGUAUUUUACACUUGGGGUUUUCGGGGGUUAUUUAUCGGCUGACCACUAUGAUCAAGAUUCGAAAACCACUGAUAUAUUGUUACUGAAGGAGAAAGAAGAUGGGUCCUUGGGUUGGAUUAAAGAGUUCAGUCUAAGCAACACGGAUACACGGGAAAUUGAAGAUUCGCUUGCCCUUACAUGUAGGAGUACAGUUCUAUGUCACUCAAAGACAAAGGUCCUAAUUCAUGACCUAAAUUCUUCAUCUUCAAAAGUACUUGUGGAUUUUGGCAAGGAUAAAGCUAUAUUUCAAGCAAUCCCGCAUAUGAACACCUUGGUUUCAUUGAAAGCAUUAGGAGAAGAAAACACGAUAACAAUGGAAUGGGUUGACGUGCCAAGAGAGGUUGUUGAAGAAUACUCGACCGGAUACAAUCGGAGAGUUCAAAUGUGUAUUCAGCAGUAGGAAGGAAAAUAUCUGGACGGACCUACAUUUAAUCUGGCAAAAGCACUUGGAACAUUUUGCUUUGCUGCAUCUGGUUCUGCACCUUUACCAGCAACAACCAAUCAGGGGAAUACCACCCUCCUUGGUAUCUGAAUAAUUCAGCAUGUUAUGUAAGUUAUCAUUCCAUAAUUCUAAAUUAGUUUCCUCAGAUUUGUUUCAUUUAGGAUAUAACUACCCAAGCAGAUCUGGACAUGGGAGGACUUCCAUUUGUUGUUAGAGACCCCAUUCCAUCUUUCCUCCCUUGAGCUAGUACUCUUUAUUUUAUUAU